CCCUCCCUCCCUCUCUCUCUCCCUCUCUCUCCGUGCAUCCUCCCCCACAUGAACAGCUUAGCACAGCAGCAGCAGAAGCAGCAGAAGCAGCAGCAGCUCCUCCAGCAUCCAGCAUCCAUCCCUGCCUGGGGAGCAGCAGUCCUACCCGGCGCAGCACCGACGCACGGAGGGGGCGCAUCAUCCAAGUGAUGCCACAGCAUCAGUCGCAUUUCGACAACAAAUACUGAGAUUAGACGCUUCCUCCCUCCCCACCUCCUCCCCCCGCCCCCGAAAGAAGGAAGGGAGAGAAGAAAAAAGAAAAAAAAACGCUUCAGCCUCGAAGACAGUUACUGUCCAUGAAGAUGUCUAACGCUGACAUCGUCUUAACCGCCACCGAUCGGAUGGUGAAAUCUGUUCCCUUCCCCCUGAGCCACCGCCUUACAAUGAAGGAAGUGUUUGACUGCGAAGCGAAACCGCGCGUGGACCUCCUGAAAGCCCACCUCACCAAAGAGGGCCGGGUAGAGGAAGCUGUGGCCCUGCGGAUCAUCAACGAGGGAGCAGCCAUCCUGCGCCAGGAGAAAACCAUACUGGACAUCGAGGCCCCAGUGACAGUCUGUGGUGACAUCCACGGGCAGUUCUUUGAUCUUAUGAAGCUGUUUGAAGUGGGAGGAUCACCGGCCACAACGCGGUACCUGUUCCUGGGGGACUAUGUGGACCGUGGCUACUUCAGUAUUGAGUGUGUUUUAUACCUCUGGUCGCUGAAAAUCCUCUAUCCAAAGACACUAUUUUUACUUCGUGGAAAUCAUGAAUGUAGACAUUUGACAGAAUAUUUCACCUUCAAACAAGAAUGUAAAAUCAAGUACUCAGAGCAGGUGUACGACUCGUGUAUGGAUGCGUUCGACUGCCUUCCCCUGGCUGCACUCAUGAACCAGCAGUUUCUGUGUGUCCAUGGUGGGCUCUCACCUGAAAUACACACCUUAGAUGACAUUAAAAAGUUGGAUCGGUUCAAGGAGCCGCCUGCUUUUGGGCCCAUGUGUGACUUGUUGUGGGCUGAUCCUCUGGAGGACUUUGGCAAUGAGAAAACCCAGGAAUAUUUCAGCCACAACACAGUGCGGGGCUGCUCCUACUUCUACAGCUAUCCGGCUGUAUGCGAGUUCCUGCAGAGCAAUAACCUAUUAUCUAUCAUCCGAGCUCACGAAGCACAAGAUGCCGGCUACCGGAUGUACCGCAAAAGUCAGACCACUGGGUUCCCAUCCCUCAUCACCAUCUUCUCAGCACCAAACUACCUGGAUGUUUACAACAACAAAGCUGCUGUACUGAAAUAUGAAAAUAACGUCAUGAACAUCCGACAGUUCAACUGCUCACCACAUCCAUACUGGCUACCCAACUUCAUGGACGUCUUCACCUGGUCUCUGCCAUUUGUUGGAGAGAAAGUCACAGAAAUGCUGGUGAAUGUGCUGAGCAUCUGCUCUGAUGAUGAACUCAUGAUGAAUGAGGAAGAUGAGAUAUUUGAUGCCAACGCAGCCGCAGCACGCAAGGAGGUGAUCAGAAACAAGAUCCGUGCCAUUGGGAAGAUGGCCAAAAUGUUCUCAGUUCUCAGAGAGGAGAGUGAAAAUGUGUUGACGCUGAAAGGCCUGACGCCCACUGGCAUGCUGCCGAGUGGGGUUCUCUCUGGAGGCAAACAGACACUGCAGAGUGCCACCAUUGAAGCCAUUGAAGCCAUCGAGACGACUGAUGAGGAUGGAGAAGCCAUCCGUGGGUUCUCCCCCCAGCACAAGAUUGCCAGCUUUGAGGAGGCCAAGGGCCUCGACCGCAUCAACGAACGCAUGCCACCCCGCAAGGACGGGGUGAACCACGUGGAUCACUCCCUGGGGAAGAUGAAUAUGUCCGAGGCGAACGGCACGGAUGACAACAGCAACAUCCAGUGAUGUGCUGUCUGAGCCUCAGAACCGUGCAGCUGUUGCGCUGUGCAGCAAGACAUUGCCAAAACGUGAAUUCAGGCCUCAGAACAUAGAAAUAAACCAGGCCCACAGACAGAACAUGAAAAUCUGCAGCAAAACUAAAACGGGCGAAAAAAGGUCAUUUUUUUCAUGACAGUAUGUCACUGCACAGUUGGGGGAGGGGGAGGAGGGGUUGAGGGGGAGCCGGGGUUCACAGCAGAGAGCACGGGGUGAGGAGAGACCAGAAGGCUGCAGCUUGACUGAAAGUGCGGUUGAAAGUUGUUUCUGCCUGUUGUUCCCUUUCUCAGUUCAAUUACAGGCUGAAUCGUCGGGGGUUGUGUUGUUCUGACUGCUGACAAGUGUCUGCUGCUUCAUCACGGGGCCCGACAGAGGGCAUAAUUGCAGUAUCCAAGCCACACAAUUCAUGUUACCGUUUUAUAAAGUGUUUACUAUAUAUCACUCACUAAUUCCCCUCAUGAGGAAAAAGAUUCUGCUUUGCCUACAAGUUUUGUAUUAAAAAGUCACAUCACUUUGUGAGAAAGAAAGAAAGCUAAAUGUGGACCACUUUAAAAAACUUGAACAGCCGAAACAGUGAAGUCUUAGCAGUGGAAUUAUUUUUUAUUUAUAUGCCCUCUAGUAAGAUGCCAUCAUCCUGCAGAAGAAGGACGACAGUCUGAGAUCAAACUGGUCCGUGGAUACGUUUCACUAGUCUCCUUUCCUCUCCUCCCCGCAUGAUCAGUCAUCUCCUAGCUAGAAGUAACUUGGAGGGGAUGAGGGAAGAAAGGGAGGGGAUGAAAGGAGCGUUUGGAAAUGUUGUUUUCACCAUAGGUACUAUUUGAUCAAACAUUUAUCACACCAUGAUACAUUUCAAACAUUUUAAUCUGGCCUCUAAAAGGGUCAACACUAUCCAAUAUUAAGAUGCAGCUUGAUGAAACCCGGAUCGAAUGUCUAAGGUUUAUUUUUGCCUCCAGGCUCAUUCUUAACUUCAUUUUCUUCCUUCUCCAUUAAACGUUUAAGAAGCAUGGCAUUUGAUCAAGCUAUACCUCAUACUUUCUGGAGAGUAUAAACCCGAGCAUCCUCCACUGCAGGAGUCCUUUCUCGUCUCCUCUGUGUCACUAUGGCAACAACGCGGCAUUAACGGACGUUUCUGCACCGCAGAGGGAAAAGGUUGUGUCUAACUUUUGGACAUGUCCUGCUGUCACACAUGGUUAUUUUGUCACCUGCUUAUUGCUAAAGUACAAAGUAAAAUAAUACAUUAGCGCCCUUUGAGUUAUUGCACAAUUUGCUGUGCUGCAAAUUCAAUGAGAUCUCAUGCAUAAGAGCAAAAGUACUAUGUCAGAGGGAGAGGGAAAUUCUACAAAUUUGUGAAUGCAUAUAUUUGAAAUAUCAUUUAAUUAAAACCCAAACACCCAAGUGUCAUUUUGAAUCGAUUUGUUUUUCACUGAACCUGAUCUUGGAUUAGUUUAAACUUGUCAGAAGUACUUCCUCUAUUGAAUCUGAGCAUAGUUUAGACCAGGCAUUGGCGUUAUUAGUCCACCCACAUUGCAUCAAAUUGUGCACACUGCAUACAAUUUCUUGUUUUAAAAUUAUGUUUCUAAUCUGAUUUUGCAGUACAGUGUAAUGAGGAACGAGGCAUGACUAAAACUUGACAAAGUACACCCACACUGUGAUCCACAUACAACAUCAAAUGUAAAGUCCAAAAGCCUGAUAGAAGAAGAGUAAAUAAACUAAAUUAAAACAGAAAAUGUUCUAGUUCUUUAAAAAUAAUUCUUUAGGGGAGGUUGAUACAGUCAAGGCCAAACUUCAAGCCUACUACCACAUAAAUUUCUAGAAUUUCCCUUCACACAUAAAUAUUUUUUCUACUUUAUAUUUCAUGUUUCUAUUAAAUCAUAAAGGUAUGUGAAUUUAAGAAUGGACAGAUAGUGAUUUUUAACACAGCAUCUAUGGUAUGGAACGCAUCAAUGCAUGCAAUUAAGUUCCUAAUUGUUAUGUGAGAUUAUAAUUGUGAUAGUUGUAUUUCAAAUAGUAAACUUGAAUUCUUUUAUUUUUGAAUUACAUUUGUAGUUUUAUUUGUCUUGUUUUAUAAAUUUUAUAAAUAGGCUUCCUUUGAUUGUUUUUGUCCAUUUUUUUAUUUAGUUAUUUAUUACCACUGCUUUUAAUUUUAUAUUGAUUUAAUGUAUGCAGGGAUGCCCUUCUAAAGUAUGAAGCCUUGUGUUUAUUUGUUUCUGUUGUACUGAUGUACAGAAACUGUUCUAUAGUGUGAAUGAAUAUAAUCUCAGUGAAAAGCAACUUUCAGGCUGCAAAAGCAUGAUAGCAUGGUUUUCAGAUUUAAAUGAAUUGGACACUAAGAAAAUCCCGUGUCACACUUACGUUUAACAGGAAACAUUGUACUUUGGUUAUAUUUACUGCUGAUAUUAUUAUUGUUACAAAUUAGUUCAUGGUUAUUUUCCUCUUCUGUUUCUGGUUCUUGUAUGGUCUACAUGCAUAUUUCAACAAACAAAUAUAAUGGAUUUUAUCUUGCAACGUUUUUUAUUAUCUAUGGAAAUAUGUUUUGGCAUUUGACUUCCUAAAUGAUACACACAUUGUAAGCAUGCCCUAUGGGACAAAUCACAUUUUUUUACUCUUGAAUAAAAUAUGCAUGAACAAAAA